CACUCACGCCUGAGAAGAAUGGGAAUUACAUCAUCCUCAGAUCCAAAAAUAGAGACUUUUCCCGACCCUAAAUCUCAAAACAACGAAGAAGCUCCAGCUCCAGCUCCAGCUGAGGAACUCGGAGAUUCGUCUCCGUCGGAGAAACUUGGAGAUUCAUCAACUGUUUGGAGAGAUCCAGUAGAUUCCGAAUCGGAUCAACCACAAGAAGAAGGAGGAGGAGGAGACGCAGAUGGUGAAGAAGAAGGAGAGUGUGGGUUUUGCUUGUUUAUGAAAGGAGGUGGUUGCAAAGAUUCGUUUAUUGCUUGGGAAGAGUGUGUUGAGAAAGCUGAGAAGAACAAGGAAGAUAUUGUUACUAAUUGUAUGGAAGUCACUUCGAUGUUGAAGAAGUGUAUGGAUGAACAUUCGGAUUACUAUCAGCCGAUUCUCGCUGCGGAGAAAGCUGCUGAAGCAGAGGUUAAGAAGGAACUUGAAGCUGAGAAGAAGAAGGAAGAAGAAGAGAAGGAGCUUGAAGCUGAGAAGAAGAAGGAAGAAGAAAAGAAGAUCUCGGAAGAGGAGGUGGCUGCGAAGAAGCAAGCUCAAGGGUGAUUUGAUUGAUUGAGAGGAUUUAGAUAAUUUGCUCUAAAGGUUAUUACUUUGUUGAUACCCAUGAAUGUUUCAGUGAAGAAAUCUUGUUUUCUUUGUGGUUUGCUAAGCUAUUUCUUCAUUUGAAUGAGAUUUGUUGCUUCUGAAACAGAAAAGACCAGACCUUUUGUUGUGAUAGCAGCCCUUUUCUAGUUUGUCCAAAGAUCAAGUUUACUUCUUUGUUGUUUCACUUUUUCCUUAAGAUACACUAGCAUUUGUCUUCCCACUUUCAUUCAUUAUCGAUGACGUUUUGUUUGGUC